AUGUUAUCAGUAAUAUGGAAAAUAUUAAUGAAAUAUUUUAACUAAUUUGAAGCAUAAACAACGUUAACUCGGAAGUGUGCCAACAAUAUUAGUUUAAUGGUGGAGGGCCACACUCUUCCGCUCGCUGCACACCUGGUCACACUAAGGGUGCAAUCUUUUUUUUCAUGAUAAAAUUUAGGAAUCUUGAAUUCAUCGUUGAUAAGCAGCGAUCUGUUAAUUGCCACCGAAGCAGCGCGGAUAAUUAUAAAACCAGACUCCUCUGGAUAUAUAGUAGCGAAUCGUAAUGCCCCGCCGAUGGUAGCUGGCAGUAGUAACCUUACGAUUUUGACGCUCGCUUUGCAGUCGUGGUGGUUUGUUAUUGGAGCAGAAAACAUAUUCCAAACGAGAUUAUAAAUAGUCACGAUGUGUGUCGCAGUCGUCGCGGUCGUCGGGAGGAUGAAUGUGCAAUUGCAGAUGCCGUAGAAGCACCGCGCUUGAGUUUUAUCCAGAGAAACCCGAUCUUCUAGUGCCCGUGAAAACCGGGCGAAUAGCAACAACAAAUUAGGUCGACAUAUCAAGCACAGGCUGCAGAGCCAAAUCAAGCGGACCACGGGCCCAAAGCGGAGUCAACAAAGAAGCGGCGCAGAGAAACAUCGAAACAUUGGUUUCAACACCACACGUUCAAAGUGAAGGUCAACGUCACAACGACUCGAGCGGCAAGUCUGGCGGCCGAGACCGAAAGACAAAGCCAUCCGCCGUCACCAGCACAACCUCCAGCAACACCACCACCACCACCGCCUCCAUUGGUAAUCUCCAGAUAGCCACCAUCAUGCCUGCCACAAUCUCCGAAUCCUUCAUCCAUGGCCAGCGGCUAAUGCUCAUCUUCCUGGUGGCCCUGUGCAUCGUAGUUGCCUGCGUCCUUAGCACCGAAACCACCAUGCCCACGCAGAACAUGUCCAACAAGGAGAGGGCGGAACUCCGGGAAGAAGCUCGCGAUAUGUUCUAUCACGCAUAUAACGCCUACAUGCAGAACGCCUAUCCAGCUGAUGAGCUAAUGCCGCUCUCCUGCAAGGGACGCUACCGAGGAGUGACGCCAUCGCGUGGCGACAUGGACGACAUCCUCGGAAACUUUUCCAUGACUCUGGUGGAUACUCUGGACACCCUGGUGCUGCUGGGUGAUUUCACAGAGUUUGAACACGCGGUGAAGUUAGUUAUACGCGACGUCCAAUUCGACAGCGACAUUAUUGUGUCGGUGUUUGAGACGAACAUUCGAAUGGUCGGUGGCCUGCUGUCGGCGCACAUUCUGGCAGAGUAUCUGCAAAAGCAUGCGGACACGAUGCAUUGGUACAAGGGCGAACUGCUGGAGCUGUCUCGCGAGCUGGGCUACCGAUUGCUACCGGCGUUCAACACAUCCACGGGCAUUCCGCAUGCUAGGGUUAAUCUCCGCCUGGGUAUGAAGGAUCCGAUGCUAAAGAAGUCCCGUGAAACGUGUACCGCUUGUGCUGGUACCAUUCUCCUGGAAUUUGCUGCAUUGUCGCGGCUCACCGGCGAUCCAAUUUUCGAGGUGCGAGCCCAUGCCGCCAUGGACGCACUGUGGAAGCUAAGGCAUCGUGGCUCCGAUCUCAUGGGCACGGUGCUUAACGUCCAUUCGGGCGAUUGGGUGCGCCGGGAUUCCGGAGUCGGAGCGGGCAUCGACAGUUACUAUGAGUACCUGUUCAAGUCCUACGUUCUACUGGGAGACGACAAGUACCUGGCCCGCUUUAAUCGCCACUACAACGCGGUAAUGAAGUACGUCAGCGAAGGACCCAUGCUACUCGACGUGCUGAUGCACAGGCCACACGCUAAGUCGAAAAACUUUAUGGACUCGCUCCUGGCAUUCUGGCCGGGUCUGCAGGUGCUUUCCGGCGACCUGAAACCAGCUGUGCAGACACACGAGAUGCUCUAUCAGGUUAUGCAGAUGCACACCUUCAUUCCAGAAGCAUUUACCGUAGACUUCCAAAUACAUUGGGGACAACAUCCCCUGCGACCAGAAUUUAUCGAGUCCACUUACUUCCUGUACCGCGCCACUGGCGAUCAUCAUUACCUGCAGGUUGGCAAGAAGGCUCUGAAGACACUCCAGAAGUAUGCUAAGGUAUCUUGCGGCUAUGCGGCCGUCAAUGAUGUACGGACUGGCAAGCACGAGGAUCGCAUGGACUCGUUUGUGCUCUCCGAGACGAUUAAGUACCUAUUCCUCCUGUUCUCCGAUCCCCAGGAUCUGAUCAUAAACGUCGAUGAGUUCGUCUUCACGACCGAAGCUCAUCUGCUUCCGCUCUCUAUUGCGCAACUAGGGAAUGCCACGUUUAGCUUUCGCCAGACGGACGAACACAACGUACUCGACUUCAUGCGCACCUGCCCCAGUUCAAAUAAGCUUUUUCCUGAAAAAGUACGCAAGCCACUGCGCAACUUCAUUACGGGCUCGUGCCCUCGCACCACCGCGGGAAAGCGACUCAGCGCCCUGGAUUUUCAGGCAAGCAAUGCAGAUCAUCUUCGAGCUGUUUACGACAUGGGCAUUACCAUGGUUUCGGUAGGCGACCGCAGCCAAGGCAAGGUGCGACUGUUUCAUAGUUUCUAUAAUGCAAAAAGCCACGAGGAAGGCGAAAUGGGACUGCAAUUUAUGCAGGAGAUGCUUGAGCUGACCAAGAUGCAGAGCAUAAAUCAGCUAGCGCAACUGCAGGCCGUAGCCUACGCCACUGAUGAGAAGCCACAGGAUUGGAUCGCCCUGAUGGCCGGGCCCUCGCACUUUGGCCCAGAGUUAACUGGCGAUCAGUUCGUCCAAGGGGAGUUAAUACUGGCCAAGCCGCUUCGAGCCUGCGAUGAGACCCUAGAGAAUGCCGAAGAGGCGAAGGGAAAGGUGUUGGUGGCCGAGCGCGGUGAUUGCACGUUCGUAAGCAAAGCGCGACUGGCCCAGAAAGUGGGGGCGGCAGCGCUGAUUGUCUGUGAUAAUGUUCCGGGCUCUUCCGGUGAGACGCAGCCGAUGUUCGCAAUGUCCGGCGACGGCAAGGACGACGUGCUCAUUCCAGUCGUCUUCAUGUACAGCAUGGAGUUCGGCAAGCUUUCGGCGGUUAUGCAGCGCCGGAAACAGCCUCUGCGUGUUCGCGUCAUGCAGAUGGUGGAGUUCAAGCGGUGGCAACUGGCCAAGGAGCAGCGCCUAAACCAAACUGCGUCGGUAGCACAGAAACCGGAAAAAGAAUUGUAGUGGACUGCUACGGCUGCUGGAUCGCCCUCAGCGUUAACUAUUCUUUUGAGGUUACAUACCACCUUGAAAUGGUUCUCGCCAAAAUAGAGAUAUAUUUUCUAUAUUCGUAACAUGUACAGUUAGCGACCGUAACUAAAUUGAAAUUUCCUGUACUUUGCUAGACAUGUAAGAACGAUUUAAUGCCACGAGUUUUUGAACUCAGUUAAAGGAUCUUUGCAUUUCGUGGUUGGUUCUCAGGCAGGCAAUUGGCUUCCUAGUGGCAAUAUUAUAACCGAAUAGCAUCGCAUUCGCGUUCAUUCUAAUUGUAUAUUUGGUCCACCUCACAAUUUUUUCGAUGGAUUUUACUUUUUUAAUGUAAGUAAAAAUUCUGUAUAUAAAAGAUUAUAACUUAGUGACUAACAAAAUAGAAAAUAAGGAUUCGUUUUAAGCAGUUAGUUCAUAGGAUAGAGAGUCGGAAUUGAUCGACAACCGAGUAGUUGAAAUUGAUUAGAUAUUAUACAAAAGUUAGUCUAAAAUAUACGAACUAAAUAUACGAAAA